AUGUGGUUUGAUAUAAAACCAAAGCAUAUCACACUGGAACUAACUGAAUACUAUAUGAAACGUGGUAUAUUUAGUGAUGAGAGAUUUGAAAAUACCAUUGAUGCCAUCUUAGCAGAAAAUGUAACAAAAAAUGUAAUUGGGCUCGCAUUAUUGCGAUAUUGGAAAUUUGCAGCAAUUGAUCAAAAAGAGAUUGGUAAAGUCGCACAGAGGUUGUACAAUAUUAAAGUUAAUUCUGCACCAUAUGGAAUAGGAAGAACACGUAGAAAAAUUCGCAAAACUGUUACCAUGAAUCGUAUUACUAAUUCAAAUAAUAGUAAAACAGCAACAACACACUGUGAAACACAAUUAGAAUCAAGCUUUGAACAAAGAAAUGAAAGAGACAACCCAAUUGUACUUGACCUUACCGAAAAUAUGCAUAUUCCGAUACUUGAUGAAUUAACUACAACUUCUUAUGAUAUGCAAAAUUGUCAUCCAGCUGAACAUGAAGGUUCAAAGAUUGAACUUCAAUACCUUUUUACGCAUGCUUUAUCACAACCUUCAUUUGUUCGUACUCUUCAGCAAGAUAUUGAGAAUAAUUUUGUAUUUUCUAACAAUUAG